UUGGCUGAUACGCGGACGGAGACCGGAGACGAGGCUGUCUGUCUGUCACCGCGCCGGGAGACGCGGGCGGUUCCACCGCGACAAACCCUGAGAGUUUGUUCAUUCGUCUCAUUCCGUCAAACGAAGUCCGCGUCAUUCGAGGUGACGUUAUGCGUGUUAGCGCUCGCGCACCUGUCAGGUUUAAAGUUACGUUAGCUAGCCGACGUUAGCUUGUCCCACAACCACCAUCACACAGACACGCCGGGCAGUGAUAACUUUUCCUCCCAAGGAAGGUGUGUUAUUUCGCAUUUAGUUGUCACGUUGUUAUAAUGUGAACACUGCGGGUCUCGUUGAGCCAUUUCCUCCGGAGCCCGGGAUGCUCUCUGGAUGCUGCGGCAUCCGGACAGCAAAGCUCCUCCCGGCCGUUCAGCGACCAUCCGAUGGCGUGAAAUGAUUGACGUCAGGUAGCGGCAAACCGCCACCAACAGGGGGCACAGACCCAUAACCGCCCCCCACCCCGCCCCCAGAUGGAGCUCCCGGCCUCUUACGGGCAGCUUGGAGCAGAGGGGGAUUGCGAGAUGUCGAGUGUGCUGCUGCCAAGUCCCCAGAGCGAGGCGGUCACCCACGAGAUGGAGGAGCUGUCGCUGCAGCCGCUGCCUGCGCUCGGCGAACGCAACGAUGGCCAGGACCCCCAGACGAUGGCCUAUUCGGAGGUGGAGACCCCGAGUGACCGCUGCACCAGGUUCAGAGCAGUCCUGCAGUUGAGGCUUCAGCAGAGGCGAACCCGGGAGCAGCUGGCGGAUCAGGGCAUCAUGCCACCUCUGAAGAGCCCGGCAGCGUUCCACGGGCAGAUUCGCAGCUUGGAGAGAGCCAGGACUGAAAACUUCCUCAAGCACAAGAUCCGCAGUCGUCCUGAGCGAGCAGAACUGGUCAGGAUGCACAUCCUGCAAGAGACCGGAGCAGAGCCCUCCUUACAGGCCACGCAGAUGAGGCUGAAAAGGGCGCGGCUCGCCGACAACCUCAACGAGAAGAUCGCCCAAAGACCCGGCCCCUUGGAGCUGGUGGAGAAAAACAUCCUGCCUGUGGAUUCCAGCGUCAAGCAGGCAAUCAUCGGUGAGAGGCAGCGAGACGGCGAUGUGGGUCAGGUGAAUUACCCCAAAGUGUUGGACGAAGACAGCUGCGAUGCGCCGUCGCCGGAGCAUCCGCCCGGGCAGGACCCCCACAGCUGUGUCCCGUCUCCCGCCGAGAGCAAAGUGCCCGAGACGCCUUCUCCCGCCCCAGCGCCGCCGAUACCCAUCUCCCCGCUGCAGGUCUUCCCCGUCGCCACACAAGCGCCAGCGGACUUUGUGAAAGUUGUCCCUGCGAUUGAACAGCCUGCCGGCCGCCCUGCUGCCCCCCCCGCCCAGCCAGUCGUCCCCGCUGCUCCCUUAAAACCCGGCCCGACACUGGUGAAACAAAGUCAGCAGAAGUCUCCCUCCGAGAAGAGCCGCAGUAAGAAGGGCAAAGAGCCCAAGUCCAGGGUGAAGAAGCUCAAGUACCACCAGUAUGUUCCCCCGGACCAGAAGCUGGAGGCCAGUGAAGCCCCCAUGGACUCCUCCUACGCCCGGCUGCUGCAGCAACAGCAGCUCUUCCUCCAGCUGCAGAUCCUGAGCCAGCAACAGCAGCACUACAACUACCAGACCAUACUACCGGCACCCCUCAAGCCUGUAACUGAGGGUCAGAGCGGCGGCGCUGGCGGCCUGCCAACCUCCAUCAUGGUGUCUCUGCCCACUGCGCCUCCACCUCCCCCCCUGGCUCCUGCUCCGGCUCGUGCAAACAUCUCGCUCUCAAACCGCAAGCCUGGGGUCUUGCCUGCCAAUAUGGAGGAGAUGAAGGUGGCUGAGCUGAAGCUGGAGCUGAAGCUGCGUGGCCUCCCUGUGUCAGGAACAAAGACUGAUUUGAUAGAAAGACUGAAGCCUUUCCAGGACAACCCCUGCACCUCUGCUCCUACCACCAUUCCCAGCCCUGCCGUCCCCACCCUCUCCUCCAUGCCCAUGGAGGUCACCACCACCACCACCACCCCUGCCACUUGCACCCCCGCCAUAGUCCUUCCAGUCCAGCAGAUGGCUCCAGAGAACAUGAACCAGACACCGCCGGUCUCACCCGCCCCCGCCGACCGCUCGACCCCCCAGCAGGAUCCGAGCAUGUCCGAGGCGCUCGCCGAAACACACAUGCUGAGCUCUGGCUGGGCAGGUCCGCAGUCCUCACCUCUCUCCUCCUUUCAAGUCCCGGAGGAAAAGGACCGGCGGCUCCAUGAAAAGGAGCAGCAGAUAGUGGAGUUGAUGAAGAAGUUGGAGCAGGAGCAGAGGUUGGUGGAGGAGCUCAAGAUGCAGCUGGAGGUGGAGAAGAGAGGCCAAGGGGGCUCCAACGAUGAUGCUGCAUCUCCGAAACCCAAUUCUGUGCCGGUCAGGAACCCCGUUCCUGCUCUCCUGAGCUCAAAUGUAGUGAAAAUGGAGGGUACUGCCAGGUCAAACUGUUCAUCCACCGCCGCUACAAUCCCCAACUCUAUUUUCGGCUCCCAGGCUCUCGCCUCCCUGCCAACAGUAGUCAAGUUGGAGGAUGUGACCGUUUCCUCUGGUAAGCCUCUCCAGCUCCAGACCCAGAUCCUCACCCAGAUCCAGCCCCCGAACCAGCCCCAAAGAAUCAACAGCCCUCACCUCCCCUCCCAGUCACGGAGAAGUCCCAAACUCCAAACCCAGCCCCAGGUGCAAGCUGCCGCGCCGAGCCUGCAGCAGUUCUUCAUCAGCCACCAAGGCGGCGUGUCCCAGGUGCUGAGUCAGCCUCAGACCUUGUUAACCGCCACGGGCCAAGCUGGGAGCAUCCUCCUCCCGCUGUCGCUGCCUGGCGGCUCGACAGCAAUCCAGCUGCCCAACGCCAACCUCAGCCUGCAGCCUGGUCUUCAGGCCACCAUCUCAAACCGAGGCUCCUCGGUUUCUCAGCGGCAGACCACAGGGAAGGAGACGGCACCCAACCAGCGGCCAUCCCACCACACCCCACUGCUGCAGACUCUGACUAUGUGCAACAACACGACUGAGAAGAGUCCACAGGCUUUCCUGAGAAGCACCCCAGAGAACCGGGUCUCUCCACGAGCUUCACCCAACCCUCUCCUCUCCAGCGGACCCCUCCAUAAGUCUCCUUCCCCCCAGCCCACUUUCGUCCUUCAACCCGCCUCCCUCGUGACCCAGCUGCCCAAGGCCAGAGAGCCUCCCGGCUACGAGGAGGCUGUCAGGCAGAGCCGCAACUUGCACGUCCACAGUGUUUCCCAGGUUCCCGCGGCAACCAGCCAGCAAAUGGAUGACUUGUUCGACAUCCUCAUAGAGAGCGGAGAAAUCACUCCGUUUAUCCACCAGGACCCUCACGUGUCUCACACUAAGACCCUCCCGGUCACCGCAAACAUCUGCACGCUGCCGGUCAUCACGGCCGUCGCCAGGCCGCCUGCGCACAUCCAGCUGGCUCCUCCCCCCGCGCACAGCCCCGUCACGGGCCUCUCCUCGCUCGCCACAGACAACCAGCUGGAGGCCUUCCUGGAGCGCACCCUGGCCGACACGGCGCCGGUGUCGGACCCGCGCACGCGGGGCCUGAUGGAGGAGCUGCAGGCCCAGCUGAUGGAGCAGCAACCGUACUCGCCCAUGGACACUUCGGACUUGUCCUUCUGCGAUUCUUCCUCGCCCUCCUCGCUCAACAUGGGCCUGUCCGACCCGGGCCUGGACAACAUGGAGUGGUUGGACCUCACCAUGCCGCCAGGUCCCGCUGGGGCCCUCACACCGCUGGGCAUCCCGACAGACUUCCUGGAUACUCAAGACCUGCAGCUGCACUGGGACUGAGGGGGGAGGGAGGGAUGACCACAAGGGGGAGGGUGCAGGGAGAGCAGCUGAGCCAGGAGCGAGGUUGGUGGAUGAAGAAGAUCCCUUUUCAAAGGUCGCAGAGAAGUUCCCACAUUUUGUUAACAGAGAGAAGUGGCACUUUUCACUGGUGCAUCCCAACCAGCUGCAAUAUUCACAGUAAACUACAGUGAUUCAAGUUGAAUUACAAGCAGGACUUUACACAGCUUUACAAGAGGGCCUCAAGUCCCCCAACAAGAGCCGCAACAAAGCUCACCGAUCAUAUCAGUGAUGGAGCCGUUCUCACAAUACUAGAAUACAAUGUGUGAUGUCGAGACGGAGCCAAAUGAAUUCACAGUGAAACAAAGGGCAGAGAGCCCGCAUAGAGGUGAUGCCGUUGUCUUACAGUGUGAAUCUAUUUUACUGUCACAGCCCGGCAACUAAGUAUGAAAGGGUCGAGGGGGUGUGGCUGCUGCUCUCCUGGAGCAUAUUGCGCCGUCCCAGCCUAUGAAAAUGUGUCUCUGUAGAGGACCGACUACGUUGUAAUUAAAUUUAUCUUCUUAAUGAAAGCUGGCCUGAGGCUCGGUCUGGGACGUCCUGGCGUCUGUGCAGCCUCAGGGUUCCCUCACCGAGAGCAGACCCCAUGCUGUACGUUGCACGUAUGCCGACCGAUCUGACACGGCGCAUUAGAUGCCGCUCCCCCCUCCUCUCCGCGAUCGAGCCGGUGAACCUUUUUGACUCUAAAGCAACAACUUGGCUGGCGAGAGGAGGAAGCUCCCCCGCCCCGUGUGAGAGCUAUGCACCUGAGAGGCGUCUUCACCCUCAGAACGAGCAAACUUUGCAUAUCCAGGCCGGUCGGGCUGCCACCGAGCGAUCGGACCGUUGUGAUCGAAGUCGAGAUUGCGUCGACAUUUUCCUCUAGAGAUACCGCGGGUGUCCGAGUAUCUCGUUUUGAAUGUAAUUUAGAAAAAUGGGACUUUACUCAGAAAGUUGGCAGCUUUUUUUUUCUUUUUAUAGUAAACUGAUAAAACGGUGGAAAGGGAAAUGUUUAUGUGACACAUCCAGAAUAGUUCUAUGGAGGAGAUGAGCUUUAUGUCUAGCUGUUCUACUUUCUUGUGUGUGUGCGUGUGCGUAUGCGUGUGCGUGUGCGUGUCUGCGUCUGCAUCGGUAACCCACAAAUGAUCUGGUUAGAAUUUCUUGUAGCUGGGAAGUGAAUCGGCUCAUUGGUUGAGUGAAUCAGACUCCUCUGAAGGGCGAAUAGUUUAAAGUUCCAAUUAUUAUGUUCACAUUCCAAACCAACAUUUUAACGCUGCACAUUUUAUUCCCUUCCGAAUGUCUGGUGUUUCUGCACAGCUGCAGACAAAGGUGACAAACAUUAUUACUGCUGCUGAUGAGUAGAAUUCUAUUCCAGUGGCAUCUUACAAAGAACAUGAAACACUUAUUCAAGAGUUAUUGACGUAAUUGUUUCCAAAAUGUUUGUUUCCAACAACAUGUCAUGUUGCCAUUUUCACUGGGAUCUAAAGCAAUCUAAUUAAUUGGGUUAUUGGAGCAGUAAUCUCACAACACCAACAACAUCUAUACACCCCGACAAUAAAAAAUCUUUUACUCCUUUUUUUUUUUUUAAAAGACGCGACGACAGAUAAUUAAAGCUGUCCAAAACUUUAAAGGAGGAAAACGUUCAGUUCCCGUUCUGAUAAUGGCAAAUCACUGUGUGUGUGUGUGUGUGUGUGUGUGUGUAUUUUGUCUCCCUGUUUUUUGCAUGUACACCUGUGACUCCGUGUGCACGAUCGUAUCCUUGUGAAACGUCUCAAGCUCCUCGUCCGUUGUCCACAUCUUGUCUGAAGAAGUUGCAUAAUCGCUAUGAAAUUCAAUCAUUCUGUGGAUUCUAUUCUAUUCCAAACUCUUCUCAAGGCUUCUGAUGACUGUUUCCUGCUUCCAUCUGUGUCCAAAACGCACCGCCGCCUUCCAGCAGCGACACAUUGAAGAGGGCUUCGCUUCUUUUUAAAGCUCUUAUCAAUUCUGGAUGAUCAUUUUUAACACAUUGCUUCAUAUCAAUCAUGAAUAUUGAGUUACUGAUCCGGCGUCUCGGUGAAGGAUAUUCAUUUGGCUUUGAUGCCGUCUCACUGUAUAGCACUUUGAAAUGAGAUUUUAUAUUUCUUUUAUUUUUUAUGUGUUAAUGGUGCACAUGGACGUUAAUGUGUCAUUACGUCCAUGUGCACUAGAGGGCGCUGCUGGUCUCCAGCACGCUCUUACAAUCCGACCACAUCGAUGAGCUCAGACCCACAAACAUUGGACUUGGCUUUGUUGUUUUACGGUUCUUUCUCGUAUCAGAUGACCGGCGCGUCUUGUGGUCGAGGACCCGGAGGAUUCAUGUGUACACUUUAUUUUCCACCAGUCAACUUUAACGCUGACAAAUCAGGAAAUCUGUCACCAAAAAGACUGUGGAACAUUUUAUCUACUUUUGUUUUUCUCACGUUUUGUUUUGUUUUGGCCGGGGGAAAAUGAAAAGAAUGUGUAAUCUUGCUUUCAUUCCUGUAAAAUCUGUAAAAAUAAGGUGGGUUUUGUUUGUACAUUUCGGUUGUGCAGAGUUGCGUCACUUUGUUCCGUAUCAGACGUCUUGCUGCAGUAAAUCGUGCUCCGUGUGACGGGGACCAACUAAAGCAAUACUAGCUGCUCCAUUCGAGGCCAACGCCCCCUCCUCCUCCGUCACCUCCGUCACCUCGGGGACUUUCACCGCAUGUGACCCGACCUCGAUAAGCCGCGCGUCACGUCGGCUCCGCCCUCCACGUGUUAUUACUGUUGGAACCUUUUACUCCAGAGAAACACACUUUAUAACUUCAGAAGCACUUCCCGUCGGAGUAGUUCGUUCCAAUAAGCCUCCAAAGUCUGACGUUGGUGGAGGUUUCCUCUCGGCGUCUCCACCCAAGUAGUUGGAGUAAAACCGCCGUCGUCACGUAAACACUGAACAUGUUGGUUGAGCAGACGAGGCGUUUGGUGACGGUCCGACUUUUCCAUCGCUCGCUGCGUGUCUCCUGUCUAAGCCUCUCGUUGUCGGCAUGCCGUAUGUUUUGCACAUUGUGUACAUAUUUCUAUAGAUGUAAUGCAUAUUUUUCUACAUGUGUAACAUCCAUGCGGUCUCUUUAAUGUAAAUACUCAAAGAUGUAUAUAAGUGCUGUAUGCCUUUCUGUGUCAAUAAAUCUGGUGUACUGUGAACACCUCUCCGAUUAA